AUGCCCAACGUUAAGAUCGUCCACGUCCCCCACCUGGGCGGCAUCGACGCCGCCUACCAGAUGCCAUUUCCCUUCCGGGCGGAAAAGCCGACUUUGGUCCUCGUUAAUGCAAUGACCACUUCGUCCGAGCUCUAUCGACCACAGUUUGACGACUCUGGAUUGAACGGCAUGAUGAACUUGAUCGCCAUCGAGCCGCUUGGACAUGGUCAAACCCGUGCCAAGAGCGAGCACUUCACCUACUGGGAUACGGCCAUCAUGAACCUGCAAGUGAUGGACGCAUUGGGGACUAAACGCGCGUUCGCUCUGGGUACGAGUCAAGGUGGAUGGAUAGUCGCGCGCAUGGCAUUGUUGGCACCCGAAAAAAUCCAAGGCAUCAUCCCUCUUGGAACAUCCAUGGACUAUGAGUCUCCAAGGUCGUUAGCCAUGGGCAACUGGGACGGGCUCACGCAAUGUGCGGCCAGUCGUGACGCCUUGACCUCGGCGGAGCCCACUCCCGAUUUUCGUCUCGACGACAGCUACUCUAAACUGAUGAUGAAAGUUGGAUUCGGGAAGGCUGCCACGCCCGAGCUGGAAUCGUUUUGGACAAACGAGCUAAGUGUCAAUUAUGCCGGUGACGAUGGCCGACGACGCUGCCGCAUGUGCUGGAUCAACCUGGGCGAGCGUGAUGGCUUGCACGGGCGACUCCCAGAUAUCAAAUGCCCGGUCUUGUGGCUACAUGGGUCGGACGAUGCCGCCUUCUCUGUGCGAAACGCCGAGGAUGAAAUCAAGAUGUUUACCAAUGCCAAAGUGGCAAGCUUGAUAGUUAUUCCUGGAGGUGCUCACUACCUCAGUGCCAGCCAUCCGAAAGAGGUCCGCACAGCGGUCAUGGAGUUUGUCGACAAGCACUUCCAGCGAGAAUGA